GUUGGCAUCGUCGAGACCGACACUCAUUAACCCUCCUUACCGUCCUCGGCGCCGACCACCUUCAAGAUGGUGCGCCCUUCCGUCCGUCUUUCACAACCUCUGCGCCCGAGGCGGCUCGUCCAAAAUAUCUCCCGCCCACACCGCCAAACCCGCUUUGCUUCAAGCACUCCUGGAGGAAGCACCACUGAGACUGCCCAGAAGAAGGCUGAGGACGCGCUCGCGACCGCACAGAAGUAUGCUGGUCAAGCUGUGGAAGUCGGAAAGAAGUUCUUGGGUCCUGUAGGAGAAAGAAUUGGCAACAUGUUGGGAGCCUACCGCCAGCCUCUCCUGUAUAACUUCUCUGUUGCUCGCGAGUUCCUUAAGCAAGUGUACAUUGCUGAGCGACUUCAACCCCCCACUUCCAUGUCCACGAUCACCAACGCGUAUACUGCUCUUUGGUCUCGUGCACGCAACCCUGCGUAUUGGCGGGAAAUUGUCAGAACGGGAGAGUGGAGGAAGGUCGGUAUUUAUGCGGUAGAAGCAUACGGUAUCUUCAAGGUUGGCGAGAUUAUUGGACGCAGGAGUUUCGUAGGCUACAAGGUUGAAUAAUUUUAUGGCGAACGCUUGUCCGCGUCUUAAAAUACUCCUUGAACGGACUUGUUUACUGUGCAUUCGAUCAUCCAUUCAUCCAGGCGCGUAUGCCGUCUGUCACACAAUCAACAAAUCCCACCUGG